GUUUUGCUUUCCCAGACUGGGCCUAUAAACCGGAGUCGAGUCCCGGUUCCCGUCAGAUCCAGCUCUGGCACUUUAUCCUGGAGCUGCUGCAGAAGGAAGAAUACCAGAAUGUCAUCGCCUGGCAAGGGGACUACGGCGAGUUUGUCAUCAAGGACCCCGACGAAGUGGCCCGGCUUUGGGGUAUUCGUAAAUGCAAGCCCCAUAUGAACUACGACAAGCUGAGCCGGGCUCUGAGAUAUUACUACAACAAGCGGAUCCUCCAUAAGACCAAGGGGAAACGCUUCACCUACAAGUUUAACUUCAGCAAAGUGGUCUUGGUUAAUUACCCACUCCUGGACAUGGCUGCCAACUCCCCGUUUCUCCUCACUCAGAAUCCUUUCAACGGGAGCAACCACGGAGCUGACUGCACCCCGCUGACCCCCGAGGCCUUGCAAAGUCUCUUCUCAAGCCCUCGCUUGGGGGAUCCCUCCAGCCGCACCCCACUCUUUGAACGUCAGCCAGAGCCAGAGAAACUGAGGCUGGAUGCAGCCUUCCCAUUCUUGGGAUCAGGUAUGGCUGGGUACACCAAGCCUCCCAGUUUGCUGACUCCAUAUGGCCGGAAUGCCUUUCCCGAAUACCCGUGGAAUUUUAACCCUUACCUGUCCGGCACUUUCCCUCUGAACAGCUCCAAGCUACCCACCUCUCUGUAUUCCCCUCACUUCUACCCCAACCCUUUGUCUGGCUCCCUGGCCCAGCUUCCCACGCCCAUCUCCCUCCUGUCCAGCGAAACCCCCGAGAGAACGGCAGCCCUGGGGGGUAGCUCUGUGCCCCGUCUCUGCCUCCCGCCCCAUAGCACAACUCUGCCCCUUCGCGGGGAUGUCCACGGACCGAGCGCUCGCAAUAAGGAACUGCUGGGCACCAGGCCGCCCAGCCCUUCCGGGGGUCGAGGGGCGAAAGAGGACCCAGCGUCCGAUUCCGAGUUGGAAAUCACAGAUUUGAGUGAAUGCAGUUCGGAAAACGAAGGUGGCGACUUCAGCCCCGACAGUCUGGAGACGUUAGAGAGCCAGGUGCCAAAUUACAAGAGGCUGGAGGCCGAGAGGACGGCCAGAGCGAGGCCUGGUCAGCUAGAUGGGGAGGUGGGAGUCGGUCUGGCCCUUAUCAAGCAGAGGAAGCCCGUGGCAAGGAGUUGA